GUGUGAUUGUGUAAACCGCGAGAAUGCAUUGAAUAAGAGCGUGUCAAGUGGAAGUCUGCCAGUUGCGACUGAAACUCAACUUGCGGCGACAGCAUUCCGCUGCUUUUCAGAGCUGAAACCAUGAAAGACAACGAGUUUAUUCUGAAGAAGAGUUCCUCAUUGGAGUCAGAAGGGGACACGGAGAUAAAAAUAGCAAUAGUUGAUGAAGUCGAGGAGAACACUGGGGAUGACGACCGCCGUCGUCCGCCAAACUUCUCAUAUCGUGUGUUUAGUAGAACCACGGAGACGAAACCUCCUGUGGCCAAAAUUACCACAAUUCAUUCCUCGAUGCGAAUCGCUGGCGAGGCGAUUCGUCGGACCCUACUCAAAGUAAAGAGUACUACGAUUAAAGAUCGGGGAAGUGAGAUAUGUCGCCGUUGCACCGGGGGCCAAAUUUGUUUUGUGAUUAUUUGCAUACUUCUGUUACUGUCUCUUUUGAUUCUCGCCACUGUACAAUGGUAUUCGCUGCGUCGGGAACAAUGGAUCAGACAGCACCAGUGUGUAUCACCCCUGUGUCUGAUAGCGGCAGGACAACUUCAUUCUAAAAUGAACAAAUCUAUGUCUCCAUGUGAGAAUUUCUAUCAGUACGCUUGUGGUGAACACUUUCAUCCACAUCACCCAUCUGUGAAGCCAGAUACACCAAGCGCUCAAGGAGCAGACGCGUACAGACGACGAUAUGACGAAGGCAUCGUCAUGCAUUUGAAUCAAGAAAAGUGGAAUACACUCAUCCGAAUUCACCGACCAGCCAUUGAUCAUUUGACCGAGAUCAAUAUUAAUGCUGUCAUUCAAGGACUAACUAAUGUAUAUGAAAACCAGUGGUCCAAAACUAAUUCAGCCAAAUACAAAAUAGCCAAAUGGUUUUUCUCAUGUACCGACAAGAGUUUCCGCAACUGGUUCAGCGUGCGGACGUUUAUGCGGAACGCUGUUCCUGCGCUCGGUGGCAUUUGGCUCUUAGAUCGUUCCGCCUCGAACGAGACAGGUGUUGGAGACGAGAAUAGCACUGCGUCGUGGCCUACUCGGAUGUUUUGGAGCAAUGAGAUUACCAACGGAUUACCACUUACUGCAAAUUGGUCAUGGAUGAAGGCAGUCACAAAUUUGCAAAACACGCUCCAUGUACCACUGUUCGUCGACUUCCGAGUCUCGGCAAAAAAAGGAAUGACACCUAGAAUAUUUAUUAAUCCGGACAGGCAUACCUUGUAUGGACCAGGGCAAUCGGCUGGCUGGGCCGAAAGAAUCACGAAACUAUUUCAACUGCUCACAUUCGAAGCAAGAAUACCAUUUGGAGACACCGAGGCUACCAAUCGUAUCAAGCUGGCCGUCAGUGACGUACAAAUUAUAUCAAAUCACUUGUACAAAGUAAGUCAACAUGUGCACAGUGCAACUCAGACCAGUUCGUCGACAACCGAAAACCAAGUGACUAUGGUUUGGACCGAUGAGAGUUGGUCUAAAUAUCUGAACCACUGGGACUGCGUCAAAUAUCAACUGGGCAAUGACACACGUUUGUAUCUCAAUGCUUCCGAAUGGCUAAUGCGAUACCUAGUGGACGACAUCGAAGAGGACGCCUUGGAGGUCAUUGACGAUUCCACCGGUCUGGCAAUCGCUAAACGUGCUUUUGAUCGGUGGACCACUGAAGUGGAGCACGCUGUGGAAAACACCACGUUACCCGGUGAACACAUACCCAGAGACAAGCUUUUCUACGUGAGCUUCGCACAGACAUUUUGUGAAAAGCUGAGCGAAGUGGACCAAUUUCAUCGACUAUUCUGGGGCGACCAGUCGGUUCCACAAGAGGUGAUUGUGAACCACAUAAUCUCGGAGACACCUGAAUUCGCGUCCACAUUUGGCUGUGCGGUCGGUUCUCAAAUGAAUCCGGUGAAGCGCUGCUCUGCUCCCCUGUGAUUAACACAAACGGCUGUGAUUUUAACCAUCUUGGCAUCACUGACAAUAGAAAAUUA